AUGCUCGAGUUCCCCCUGCAUGAUGGUUUUUUCCCGCAAAUUGCACUCACGAAAGAAGAAGUCAAGUACUACAAGCGACUGGGCAAAGAGCGAGUAGCUCAAUUGAUCCGAAUCAUUGAGGAUGCUGAGUGUGCUUACAAAUGGACGAGUGUCGAUACCGCACGCCGUCGCCCCAGAUCUCGUCUUGCUCGUCAUUCCCGUCUUAACUUGGAGUCGAACGACGACGUGUCGUGUGAACGAGCCAGUUUUCUUGAUUUCCAGCCGGUCAACAAGAAUGCGCAUGCAUCCACGUUACUUAAAGCUAGUAUCCAAUUAUCCGACACAAAAGUCGAUGAGAUUCUCCGCGCAGUAGCCAAAGUCACGACAAAAGAUUUUCGGAAAACCAUGCGGUACAUGCAUGGUGACGGUUUCGUGGACGGGAGGACGUUAUUUACUUUUCCCCAACGUAGUACUUGUUCUGGCAGUAAUGCAUCACAUCGAGCACCUGCUAGAGAAUCGUAUUCAUACCGAGCUAUAAAAUGGCAUGCAUUGAAAAAGAUCCAACGACCGCGAGAAGAUGACAAGAUUCUGGAUUUUUGUUUUUUAGAGUAUGCGGGUAAGCAAAAACCACAACCAGGCUCAAAUGUAGUGGGGUUCUGUGUCCAGGAAUCGAUUUCAAGAGAACAAGAAGUGCCAACGUUGGAAAAUUUUGGGAUUGCACGUGGAUAUUUGUCCAGAAUGGGCAUUAUCGUUUCGAAAACGCACCAGCCAAACACUUUUAAGGUUACGUCGAUUUGCCAGAUUGACGGAGAUCUGAGCCCUAUAGUUAGAGGAGUGUUGGAGGAAUUGAUGAAGAAGACGGUGUGUGCAGUGGCCAAGAUCCCAGGGCUGGUAGCACGACAAAGAGUGAGCAGUUUGAGAUUUGUAGAGCAGUGGCAAUGGGUACCCAACUCGGAUCGUAAGGCGUGUGCAGUUUGCUUGCGCGGAUUCUACUUCCGUCGCAAACAUCACUGUCGGACGUGUGGUGAAGUAGUUUGUUCGUCAUGUGCACUGCUAAGAGAACUGGAGGAGCCGAUCUUUGAUAUUACGCACUUGCGCGUUUGUUCCACAUGCAUGACGAGUGCUGGAGCACGACAAGCUCAACAACACUUCUUAGCGCUGAGCGGCACUGGAACUGGAGACGAGCCCGCUUCUUCGACGUCGAACACUACAGAGUCUUACAUUCGCGGCCUACGCAGCCCGCAACACAAUUCUUAUGAGGACAUGAUUUUUCGCAUGCGUGAAUCACGUGAUCGCGAUCGUCGACAGAGCAAUUUUGCUAUGGAAGUUCUUGAUGGUGACACUGAGCUAAAGCCAGCUAAUUCAUCGCUGAAAAUCGAUGCCAGCUUGCAGUUGCUAGCUCGGGACAAGAUGCACGCUCUUACGGAAGUUGUGACCAGUAUUCGAGAGGUUCGUGACACCAUUAACCUUACUUUGUCUGAGGCAGCAUACGGAGAACGUCAGGAAGAAGAUAGCGACGAAAUUGAAGAGUUUAACGAUAUGUACAGCGAGAUUACUAGUAUCCAAGAGGCGCUGGAAAGUUCUGUGUCAAACUUUGACGCAGCACUAGCUAAUGCGACGAAUGCAGUACCUGCCAUGUACUACUCUGGACCAAGUGACCGUAGUCAAGAUUCGCUACAAGGCAGUGAGCGAGACGGUGGGAUGACGGCCAACCAGUUCAACUCGGUCGCUCGCAUUACCUUUGCAGCAGCUCUGGCCACAAGACAGGCUGGCCAGGCCUUUCUGUCCGUAGGAGAGCGCCAAAACCUGCCACUUGCAGACCGUGCUGCUUUAGGUAACCAAGAGAAACACGAAAACGAGGGAGUUUCAGCAAAACGAGGGAGUGUAAGAUCCGUCUCAGUAGCAAGCUUUCCGACAGUAUACGAUAGCGAUGACAGCUCGGCUCAAAGUCCAGACCCGUACUCUGCAUUUAAUUACGACAAGAUCAUGGCAACGUAUCAGCCAGAGCAAGAUGGAUCAGAGCUUGAAGAUGAUGACAAUAGGCACUCCUCGUACAACUUUGCGGAUUCUGUGCGCCGCGCCACAGAAAUUCAUGAGCUGGAAAAGAAGAUCUUCGAUUUGCAACGUAGCCUCGAGGAAGCGCAGCGAAAGCUGUCAGUUAUUGACAGUGACAAAAUGGAGCCAGAAUACCAGAGGCUGGAUGCUGUACGCGAUCGCUCAGCACAGGUGGAAAUUGAGAGCGUUUUCGAGAUAUUCGGUGAGCGAAGUGAAGAAAGAGAUGCUACUGUCGAUGACACAGUCUCAUCAAGGUCUUCGGGCCCGAGGGCAAUGUCUUUACCUUCUGCGCCAUCGGAGUCCAGAGGAUUAACGACACAAGACCUCGUGUUAGAGCUUCGUGGUGUAAUGGCUUCCAGUGAGACUCCUGUUCGUGCUAGCGGUGGCUCGCGGAAGUCGUUGUCUAGAUUAUCGACCUCCCCGUUGCCUUCAAAUGUGGUAACGACUUCGCUAAGUCCUGUACCCCCAUUACCACCAGUAUCCUCACCGCUAGCUACUGGAAGGAACGAGCUGUUCCAAGAAGCCAAAAAUUGUCGCUCAGCAAAGAAGCCACCCAAGAUCAAAGAUAGAUUAGUAAAUGGCGACCUAAACAGCAGCAAUGGAAGCGUAAAGACAAGCAUGUGUGGUCAAGCAUCGAAAAAUAAUCGACCAUCUGCUGCGCCAACCGAAGGAUCCUACUUGCAAGCGCUUGGUACAACAGGUGGCACCAGAUACGGUGGCGACCGAGAUUAUGCAACAUCGUCGUCUGACGAGAAUAGCUGCGAUGAUUCCUCCGACGAGUUGUCUUUGCUUAGCGGUCAUGAUUUUUGCGAACCUCAUUUAGAGAAGUAUCAUAAUCCUGCUGCAUUCUUCAUCGAAGAGGAUCUAGGAGCUUUGCUGAAGAAGCGAGAAGCAGCGGAAGCCAUUACAUCUCCGCCGAUCAACCCAGCUGCGUCGCCAUCCUCACCAUUAUCUCCCGCUCCCGCAGUGGGGAUGGAUGAGCGUGACGAGCUUCGAGAACUGAUGGCAGGUCUUGUCCGUCCGCGCAGUUCUUCCGUGCCAUUCCAGUCAGGCCAAAUGGGUGGUGCUUCAUCUGGUGAACCACUAAACGACAAGCCGUCGUGGAGCGAUGAUGCUCCGAAUCGCGCCCCAACAGCGCAUCAAGUGGAGGAGGCUGUUCACGAAAUUCACGCGUGUCUGGCAAGCUGCCGCUGCGAGUGUCCGUCCGAAACGGAGCGGGCACGAAAACUCUUGUCCAUUUUUAAGGUGCUCCGCUCCCUCCACCGUGAAGGCGUGCGCUCCAAAUUCCGCACACUGCAGCACGACGACAUUCGCUACUCAAAGAUGCUCAAGACCAACCCUAGUAUCAUCAAGCUACUCAAACUCGCUGGCUACGUGUCCUUACAGCAAAAGCUCACUAUGAGACGGGUAGAUCAAGACUACCUUGCUCUGUUUUUGCGAGAAUUGGAGCGAGAACUUCGUCCAGUUGAUGGCUGA